AUGGAUGAGCGCAAUGAGCCAAAGCAUGAUGCUCGCGGCUCUCUACAUAACCCUGGCACCGGGGCCAGAUCGCCAGACCGAGACGACGAAGACGGAAGAGCCGAGUCGUCGAACAAGUAUCGAAGAAUCGACCAGGAGGGUGCCAGAGCCUCGACGGCUUCCGAGCAAAGCAGCCGUUUUCUGUUUGUCGACUCGUCCUCGACUGGGCAGCGACCACGUUCUGACCAGCGAGCGAUCAAUGCGCACAUUCAACAGACUGCGCAUAGAAACCGCAAGAAGGCCGCACAGAAGCAGACGACGACAGGAGCGGCGAAUAUAGGACGAUAUCGACGUGAGCCUCAGUUGCAACCGCGUCCUAUCGAGCCUCAACCCACCUCUCCUGUGACGCUUGAGCGACGGAACCCUCUGCAAUCACGACGAUCGAUCAGUCGUGAAAGCUCUUCAGCACCACGAUCAUCACUCAGUCCCCCAGCGGAGGUUGUUGGUCGCGAACCACCGGCCUCAGCACGAGCGGAAUCCCCUCCAGAAAAUGACCAUGCGCAUUUGGACCGGUUACGGCACUACAGCAGCAUCCGUGGAGCGGAAGUUCGUGAGGCCAUCACCGCUCAGCAACAGUCACAGAAUGUAUCGACAGAAAUCGCUCGGCGGGAGGCUUCUCAGGUCGAGGCCACGUCGGUGAGGUCUAUGCUUACACAAAUUCUACAACGGCUGGAUGCUGGUCAUGCGGGUCGCUUGAUUCAACCCUCUAUCACUUCCUCGCUGAAUAACACUCUCCUUGACCCUUUCAAUCUCAGCUCUGUACAUAUUACACCAAGCAUGAAUGCUGUUUUGCGCCAUUUCUCCGAAGUGAUGAUACCCAGUGUAUUUCCCACGCGACACCAAGCCGAAAUCCAAAGUCGAUGGGCUUUCCAAAACGCUGCACAAGAGCCACUGGUGCUGUACUCGCUUCUGGCAAUUUCGUCGGCCGAGCGCAGUUCGCGCUUGGGCGAGCUACGAAGUGGUUCGAUCGAGACGACGUUCACCGAAGCAGACCUCGAAAACCGCAGCGUACCGGAUUUUGUCUCGUACAAAGUGAACGCCGUGAGGAUUGCAAAUGAAACCAUGAAAUCGAUGGAAAAGGCCACGCAGGCUUCGACCAUUUUUGCCAUGAUGUGUUUGCUUUCGAUCGAGCUGAUCGCCUGGCGAGGCGGGUACCAUGGGAUACCUCCUCAUGCUACCGAGCUCAUUCUCUCGACCUCGUACAUGUGUGCUGCCCUAACACGAUCGUUGCCUGCGGCUCCUCCGACGUCGACCCUGUCUGCCCUCCCUGCGAGCUUGGUCGAAGAAAUCCGGCAAAACGUGAGCGAGGAUGUCAAAAAAAUGGGCAUGGGGCUCUUGACCCCGGAAAUCGAUACCAUCAUGGACUGGAGAAUAUCACAAGCGUUUCGGGACAUGAAGGACGUCGUCCAAUACCGGGAAUACUACCACGAGAAGCAGCUGGUCCCCGUGCCAGAGGAGAACGAGUACAUCAACGCCAAGAGCUACCAUUUCCGGUACGCAGCCUUGUCCGCGCCGUUUGAGCCGCGAGAGCCGGCCAGCGACAAGGAGGAGGCCUGUCGUCUGGCGAUGCUGAUUUUCUGGUUCAGCAACUUCCAGAUCUCGCGCCCGGAGUUCGCCCUCAACCGGGCACUGACCGCGCAACUCAAGGCGGCCCUGCAAGCUUCCGACUUGAAGGGUCUUUGGGGCCCGCACUAUGAACUCUUCGUCUGGGUUCUCCUGCUCGGGGCGUACAUAUCCGCGGGACAGCGAGAGAGGCCGUGGUUUGUCCUGAAUCUCGCGCGGGUCUCUAGAGUGCUCCAUUUGCAGAGCUGGGAGGAUGUCCGCCAAGUUCUGCUGAAGUUUUUCUAUCUCGACCGCAUCUACGCCGAAGGCAUGCGGCAGAGUUGGGAGGAAGCGGCGCUGUUGGCGGAGACGCUGGAGGCCGGGCUGUGA